AUGGCUGGAAUAGGACCCGAUCCGAAGAUUGAAGCUUAUAUUAAGCAAUUGUCGACGCCGCCUCCACCAGGUUCACCUUAUUCUCUACCCGUCCCUGGUACCGAGCAAGAGGGUCGAUCUCCCAUCUACAGGCAUUGGCGAUUUCAAGAUAAACCCUUACUUAGCACCUUCACACCUGAAAUACGUACAUUUUACGAAUUGUUCCAGGAUUCCGUCAAGCGAUAUCCCAAUAACAAAUGUCUCGGUACACGACCCUGGAUCCCGGAAACUCAGUCGUGGGAGAACGGCUAUGUUUGGCAGUCCUACGCUGAGGUCGCGGCGCGAAGCAAGAAUUUCGGUUCUGGUAUAUAUGAGCUUCAUCGCCGAAUUGGAAUCCCGCCUGGCAACCAUGGCGUUGGUAUCUGGAGUCAGAACAGAGCUGAAUGGCAAAUAGCAGAUCUCGGAUUGAGUUCCCAGUCGCUCUUCUCCGUCUCGCUAUACGAAACUCUCGGUCCUGAUGCGUCCGAGUACAUCAUCAGGCAUUCCGAACUUGCCUGUGUAAUAUCCUCGCUACCUCAUAUAGCAACCCUCCUCGCCCUUGCGCCCCGAAUACCCUCCCUUAAGUUGAUCAUCUCCAUGGACCCCCUGGACGCUGGGGAGCAGAAUGGCUACUCUAAAAAGGCGCUGCUGAACGACAUCGCUGCACAGCACGGAGUCCAGAUAUGGUCGCUCGAGGACGUCGAGAAGCUCGGGGUGAAGAUAGCUCACCCCCCUCGCCCCCCUCGCCCAGAAGAUAUCCUCACUAUCAACUAUACGUCGGGCACUACUGGUGAUCCGAAGGGCGUGAUGCUUACCCAUGCCAACUGCGUCGCAGCGUGCGCGAGUGCUCGUUCCAGCGGAUCCUACACUCACAAAGAUAUAAGCAUUUCAUACUUACCUCUGGCUCAUAUAUAUGGACGCAUGAUAGAUCAGUGCUCCUUAGCUUCCGGUUCUGCCGUCGGAUAUUUCCAUGGAAAUAUGCUAGAGCUGGUUGACGACUUGAAGAUUCUAAGACCUACCGGCUUUAUAUCGGUCCCUCGGUUGUUCAAUCGAUUCAGCCUAGGAAUCAAAGCGCAGACCGUCGAAGCUGAUGGUGUGAAGGGCGCUCUUUCGCGGAGAGUCAUUGAGACAAAGAAGGCUAAUAUGAAACUCCCGCCUGGCAAGGCAUCCAACAAGCACCUUCUUUAUGACCGUAUGUGGACUCCCAAGGUACGAGCCGCAAUUGGCCUAGAUCGAUGCCGUUCCAUGGUGAGUGGAAGCGCGCAACUCGACCCCGAUGUUCACGAGUUCCUCCGAGCGGCCUUAGGAAACUUUUUCUGCCAGGGCUACGGUCUUACCGAAUCGUAUGCUGCAGGAUCGUUUCAGCUUGAAGGUGAUUAUUCUCUGGGUAACGUAGGUGGCCCGAUGCCUGGCAUAGAAAUAUGCUUGGAGUCGCAACCUGAACUUGAAUACCUCGUGACGGACAAGCCUAGGCCACGAGGAGAAUUGCUAUUACGAGGUCCUUUUAUUUUCCAAGGCUACUUGAAGAAUGAGGAGGAGACCAAGAAGGCUUUAGAGCCUGAUGGAUGGUUCCAUACGGGCGAUAUCGUCGAGAUUGACGAGCUCGGCCGAAUCAAGAUUGUUGAUCGUAAGAAGAACGUUCUCAAGUUGUCUCAGGGAGAAUAUAUCUCUCCCGAGCGUAUCGAGAAUGUGUUUAUGGGUAGCUCGAACCUGAUUGCUACUGCCUUUGUUCACGGCGAACCCAGCCAGUCGACCCUAGUUGGCAUCUUUGGUGUGGAUCCGGUUACAUUCGGUCCGUUUGCUAGCAAGAUCUUAAAGAAAACGGUAGCUUCCGAUGAUAUUGAAGCUAUUAAGGUGGCAGGCCAAGAUCCUCGUGUGGUAAAGGCCUUUAUCAAGCAUCUCGACGGUAUUGCCAAGAGUCACAAGUUCAACGGAUAUGAGCGUGUGCGAAACUGUCUCCUCGACGUUGAACCGUUUACGGUGGAUAAUCAGCUCUUAACACCAACUUUAAAACUUAAGAGACCUCAAACGGUGAAGAAGUUUAAGGACGAGAUUGUCCGUAUGUACGAAGAAAUCAAUGCGGAAACAGCUUCCGUUAAACCAAACUCUCCGCAAGAACGCCGCAAACGUCGUUGCUCUUCACCUAACUCUCGUUCAACAAAAGUUAACGCGUCAAACGCGCCGACUUCUACUCAUAUCAAACCUCGCUUCUUAUCGACGUCGCCUUUAAACCCUCACACUCACACAGCUGACAACCACUCGUCUAAACGUCAAAAGCUAUCGAAUAGCACCGGUCAUAAAACAGCUUCCCCAAUACCAGACACAGGGGCAUUGACAAAAUGCUUGCAAACGCAGGUAUUCCCACACCUCGACGCCGCCGUCAAGCAGCUGGAUAAGAAUGUCUUCAACGUCGAAAAGCUCGGCGGGAAAGUUAUUAGUACGAUCGCCGAUGACGACUUCCAACUACACUUCCACAAAGGCAAUGGCUGUCUCCCUCCGAAUAUCGAGUCAUCUAUUAUUGGGCGCAUUUAUAAAUUAGUAGCCGAAUUCACGGCGGGAAAUGAAUUCCGACACCAUCCUACUACUCGUGCCGUUUCACAGUCGACACUGGUGCCUGCUAAAGGGUCCAUAGCAAAGUCGAUCCCGAGCAUUCUUCCCUCUAUCGAGAAGCCACCAUCCGAGUUGGCGUCGAACAAUAAUGUCGAGGACGUUAGCGACGACUCGUAUGACGACGAUAGCUCGUGUAGCGAUGAAGCGUAUCUUUGUGAAACCGAAGAGAAACUGAAUGACAUUAUCGAAGAUGUUCUUCAGGAAAUCCAGAAACAUCUCCAAACUCAGUCAAGAAAGAAACACCGCGAGCCCAAAGGGGAAGAUCCGCUCGCAGACGUGAACAGCCGAUGGUCAAACCUGUCCGAUAUACCAUAUCAAGCUUCAAAGUUUCGGGGUAAGAUCAGAUAUGGGUUAAGUCAUGGUUGUCAUAUCAAGCUUCACUCACACGACCUACGCCAUCCUACUGUUUACCAUGUCGACUUCUGCGAUUUCGAGACCAAAUAUCUUCGAUAUGUAGCAAGGUCUCUAUGUAACAGGGUAUCUACUAAAGUUGAGAGGUCAGACACCAAGGAUUUACGCCAUCUGACGAAGAAGUUUGGAGACCUUAGAACUCUUAUUCUCGGAGCUCAUCGUCGUCGUUACGACCAAUUUGAUCCACCACCUUGGCUCCUACUGCAACGUUCUACAGAGAGUCUUCACAACUUCCUAAGUGACGUGCUUCACAAACAAGUGAACCCAGAGCCUAUAUUAUUAACUUUCGCACGAGAUGAGAGAAAUAGUAAGAAUGCGAAUAUUAUCAAGAGAGCGAACGUUGUGCCACUAUCACUAUACGCAAGGGAGAUGGCGGGCAACCGCCUUGGGGGUCUUAGGGUCUAUCACUCUUAUACCACAGUUUUCACAAGCAAUAGGGAGGACUUUUUAGAGCCCAAGGUUGAAUGGACCAACUGUGCUGGGGAUAUUAUGACUAUCAGCUGGCUGCCGGAUGCUACACGCUUCGUCUGCGGCGCGACCACUCAUUCCGACUCACACAAUCAACAGUAUAAUAAACCUGGCAACCUUCUAUUCGGCGAUGCGUCAUUAAAGACAUUAAGAGCGUAUCCCGAUCACCGUAUACCCCGUCCGCUCGUUGCCCAUGGUGAAAAUGCUUUGGAAGCAAUGAGGGAAAGUCAAGAUCCUUGGCUAUUUACGUCUGUGGUCUCGUCAGAUUAUGAUCCCGUCUUUGACUUUGCGUUUACCUCAAGCUUCGACAAUACGGUCAAGGUCUGGCACACAACUAAAGGGGCUAUAGCACUUCGCGAGACGUGGCACCACGAGGGACACGUUAAUUUCGUCGUGACGAAUAAAAGUAAACAUGGUAGUAAGGUCGCCACAGCCACCGAUGUUCCUACAAGAGCAGUACGGGUUUAUUAUGCGCAACGUGACAGGUCGGGCAACUACUCGCAGGCUUACAGGUAUAAAGAGUUCUCUUGCAAGCGAGUACAUGGUGAAGACUACGCCCCCUCGGAUAAAUGGGCCUACUUCCCGUCUGCCAUCCGCUGGGGAAUAGACUCAAGCGUGAACCAUCUCCUACUGAUCGGAUAUUCACCAAGGAGCCUUAACAAUGACGACAGCGAGAUUCCUGAAGAGAAGCGUUCUACUGGAGAGCUCUGUUUAUGGGAUAUGAAUACAUAUACCGAGGUCAAGGUCAAUAGUGCAGCUACUGCGAAUGUAUUCGAGGUUGUGUGGCAUCCUAAUCGGCCAAGCUUUGCCGCGGCAACUUCGGCGUCACAGACUUCUGAGAAGUUGGAGGAGCAUAUUCGAACGCAGAUUCGUAUCUUUGAGUUGAACGAGGCCUCGGGUCAAUAUAGCGUCAUCAAAACACUCGAUUGCCCUGCCAUUGACAUCAAUGAGCUUGCAAUCAGACCCAACAGUAUUCUAUACUCGUACAUCGCCGCCGGCUGUACUGACGGCAAAGCCUACGUCUGGGACUCGGCCGCGAGCGAGGACCAACCAAUGUGUGUCCUCGAACAUGGCGAUCCGGUUGAAGAAGUUAUCGGAAACAGAGAGCAGGAAGACGUUGGGGUUAAAUUUAUAGCGUGGGCCACAUCCCCCGAUCGUCUAUAUACAGGUUCAUCCGACGGGUUUGUUAAGGUGUGGAAUAUACGACAGGGGGAGGGAGAGUUGGUGAGAGACCUAAUCGAAGUGCCAGCGCCCAUCACAGCCGGUGCUUUCUCACCGGACUUCACAAAACUUCUUAUUGGAGACGGUAGUGGACGAGUAUAUCUAAUGGAUAUGGAAGACGACGAAGAGAAUAACGGCCAGGAUAACCCAGCCGCCACUUCUUCGGGGGUUGUCAACAUGCAGGUCAAUGGCAGGCAACGCGCAAUUCGUCGGCCUCGCCCCUUUAUUCCUCACCCCGAAGUCCCCCCUCCGAACCAGGACGGGGACAACAAACAUUCAAACCAACCUCAAUACCAACUAGGUCAAAGACGAGCAAGGGAAUACUUGGAAACAUCACACCUCACUCUCCAUCCCGACCCCACCAUCGGCGCGGUUCAAGGCCCAGCGUACCCCGAAACAGGCCUCUACCGAGCAGAAGCCCAUCUCAACGGAGAUCCCCAAGCACCGCUCCUAAGCAGAUUCGAAGGUCUACAGCAGGCCAAUCAGUCCUUCUCCAGAACAACCAGGUUCCGGAGACAGAGAAGCGUAGAUGACAUGGCGUGGGACUUGCAGGCGCGAAAUGCGGCUGUAGAUGCGGAUGUCGAGGAGAUGUUGGAUCCGGAUACCCGUAUGGCGCUUGAGGCUGAAGAGGCGGAGUUUGGCGAGGCGUUGGUGGAGCUCGAGUAUGAAGAUGAAUGA